AUGGCCGUGCCGGGGCCUGCUGGCGGCGUGGCGAUGGCAGAGGUGCCCGAGGAGGAGCGGCGCUUCCUGCAGCAGCACCCGCUCCUCAGCGUCGUGGAGCCGGGCAAGGUGAGAUGCAGGCUGACAGGCCACGAGAUGCCGUGCCGGCUGUCGGAGCUGCAGGCUUACACCAAUGGCAAGAAGUAUCAGCGGCUGAUAAAGACAGACAGAGAGUUUGACUAUGGCAAGUUCGAGCCCCAUAUAGUGCCCAGCACAAAGAAUCUACACCAGCUGUUCUGCAAGCUCACUCUCAGGCACAUCAACAAGUUCCCAGAGGAAGUGCUGCGCCAUGUCCAAGGGAAGCGCUACCAGAAGGCCCUAAGAACAUAUGAGCAGUGCCAGAAGGAUGGGCUGGAGUUCGUCCCUGCCUGCUUGCGACAGCGGAAGCAGCGCAGGCAGCGCCCUGAGGAGCAGAUGAAUGGAAGCAAGAAGCCUUCUGGAAAACAGGAAUUCUGGGAGCCAGAGUCCAGCAGUGAGGAUGGAGAGGAGACAGAUGACAGCAUGAGUGACUUGUACCCAGCUGCACUUUUCCCAGAAAAAAGCCCAGCAGCUCCAGAGGCCACCAAGGGCAGUGAAGACUUCCCAAUGGACAGCGAGGAGGAUGGAGCCAGGCAGAACGGUGCCAGGAACGGAGGGGACAGUGGCAGGACAGGUGCCAGCAAAAGGGGAAAGAAGCAGUCAGGCCCUUUAAAGAAGAAAUUCAAGAGUCACCAUCAAAAACCCCAGAACUUCAAGAAAACAAUCAAUGGCAAAUAAACUUUAUGAGAAAUGAGGG